GAACGCUGUUCACAGGAAAUGCUGGAGGGUCAGAACGGGACCUGCCUCUGGAGCUUUUUCUUUUAAAAAGGAAGGCGUUUUCUCAGUCUUGUGGAGAUCUCUCACUAGCAGUUAGAGUCUGAAGUUUGUCUGGGCUUGACGCUGGGGUUCCGCUGAUUAGCACUGAGGGAAGAGGAGGGUGAGGAAUAAUACAGAAACAAGAGGGAACUCAACAAAGGAACUAGGGGCUGUGACGCUCCUAAAAACACGGGGGACUGUUGGAUCCCGUCUGAGUUUGUGGUGGAAUUGGGUGCUGUUAGAUGGAGUUAGGGACCGGGAACAUCAGGUGUUCACAGUGUACGCAAGAUCUAGGUGUUGAAGGAGUGGGCUCUGGUUCAGGGCCCCAGGGAGGACUGGAGCCUGGUCAGCGAGCAGGGAAUGGGGGCGGCGCUUCGUGGAGUCAGGGAGGCGUCUCUGAGAAGGACCCAUUGAGAGCUCCGAAGUGAGGGGCCAGCCCCAUGAACACCUACCCUUGGCCUAUUUCUGGAAUCAGCCAAGCAUGGAGGCAGGAAGGACUGGCACAAGGAUUGGUGGCGUCCUCCCUCCAGCGCAGACUCCCUGCCCCAGAGCCCAGAGCGCUCAUCACAAGCUCAGGAGGAUCAAGAGCUGUAACUAAAGCAAGAGCUUUCGGAAGAAGUGGGGCGUCCGGCCCCUGGCCUUUCUCCUCAGCCUAUCCUGGCUUCCAGUGGCCCUUCCUCUCCCGGGAACAAAAAAAGAUGGAAAAGCCCAGGGGCAAAAAGAAGGCACAGAUCCCAAAAGAAGAAGGAGAUUUGCUAAAGGACGCUCCCAAAGAAGAGAAAGCCUCUGGGGAGGAAAGGGCCAACCAGAGGACGGCAUCGGCGAAGAAGCCCAGAAAGGUCGGCCUGAGCCCUGGAGACGAGGAGCACGUGUUCGACGCCUUCGAUGCUUCGUUUCAAGACGACUUUGAGGGGGUUCCUGUGUUCGUGCCUUUUCAGAGAAAGCAGCCCUUCAAGUGCGGCGAGUGUGGCCGCGUCUUCAAGCACAAGACGGACCACCUUCGCCAUCAGAGGGUUCACACGGGCGAAAAGCCCUUCAGGUGUGAGGAGUGUGGGAAGACGUUCCGGCACAGCUCCGACGUCACCAAGCACCAGAGAAUCCACACCGGAGAGAAGCCCUUUAAAUGCAGUGAUUGUGGGAAGGCCUUCAACUGCGGCUCCAAUCUCCUAAAACAUCAGAAGACACACACCGGAGAGAAGCCGUACGAGUGCAAGGAAUGUGGGAAAACCUUUGCCUACAGCUCAUGUCUCAUUCGCCAUCGGAAGCGUCACCCCCGGAAGAAGCACUGAGCGAGGGGAAGCUGCGCCGUGUUGGUGCCGAUGGGAGCACAGCACGCCUGUGCCUGGGCGUCCCCGUCGCAGUCUGGAAAAUCAAGCCAGUGGGGUAAGCAGGUGCUUGAGUGUGCUAAAGACCUGGACCGAUACACCACGACAACGUGGGAGGGGCUUGUGGCCCCAGAGACGCUGGGGACACUAGCAGCUGUCUGGGACUCUGGCGAUGGCUGCUUGCGAGCGGCCCAGCACCUUCCAGGGCAGCCUCUGCCCUUGGCGUCCACUGUGGCUUCAGCCUUCUCAGCUCCCUUGAAGACUUGACUCUGCAGACUCCCGACCUGCCGGGUCAUGCCUGUGCAGCCUGGCGGGGGCCGGUGGCCCUGAGCUGGAGAGCUGUGCUCUGCGGGCAUGCCCACAGCGCUGCACCAGACGCCUGCUGGCCCCACUCAGCUGGCCAUGGUGACAGUGGUUUGUGCUCUGGCUUCCCUCCUCGGGCUGCAGCAGCACCGUCCCCCACCCAAUCCCCGGGAACCGAACCCCUUGUGCGUCCCCCUGGCCCAGGUGAGCGGCCUGACUCACCCAGGUGGGUCCCUCGGGACCUGCGUGCCGCCACCGUGGGAGAUUCCUGCCCCGGACACGUGGUAGACGUCCCGAGGAUGUGAGGGCAGCUUCGAGCCAGCCCGCGUCUGCCACGGGGCUCUUCGGUUGUGAGGCCGUGCGCCCUGCCCCCCGGAGGGCAGCUCUCCAGGGCUGACAGGAUGGGUGCCCAGACACGGAAUGACAGGUGGAGAUGGUGGCAGCAGGCACCCUGCUCUGGGCCCUGCAGGGUGGGCGUCCCAGCGGCACAGUCGGCAGGCUGGCCCGGCCUCUCCAUCAGCAGCCAGGUAAUCCGUGUCCCUUUCUGGCUGUGAGAGCAGAUCACCCUGGUCAGGAAGCUCCUGAUGAGGUGCGCGUAAGAGUGAACCGUCCGGCCAGACAGGCCUGAGCCCCGGGAGGCGGUGAGGAGGGCGCAGGGCAAGCGGAGAGGCCCUAACCCAGACGUCCUCUCCAUCUGGGGGC